CCGCCGCCCCAACCCAGCGGCCCCCGGGCGGUGCCGCUGACUCCGCCGGAGCGCCCAGGGGUGGGCGGAGGCAGCCCCGCCGCGCCCGCGCCUUCGGGAGUCGCUCUGCCUCUUCAACCCACUCGCACCUGCCACCGCGCCGAUACCAUGUCGAAGGCGGCCGGCGGCGCGGCGGCGGCGGCGGAAAGUUGUCCGCCGGCUCCGGCCGGCUCGACCGCGCCCGCCGCCGUGGAGGACCUGUCCAAGGUGUCGGACGAGGAGCUGCUGCAGUGGAGCAAGGAGGAGCUGAUCCGCAGCCUGCGGCGCGCCGAGGCGGAGAAGGUGAGCGCGAUGCUGGACCACAGCAACCUCAUCCGCGAGGUGAACCGCCGCCUGCAGCUGCACCUCGGCGAGAUCCGUGGCCUCAAGGACAUCAACCAGAAACUCCAGGAGGACAACCAGGAGCUGAGGGACCUCUGCUGCUUCUUGGAUGAUGACCGGCAGAAAGGCAAGAGGGUGUCCCGGGAGUGGCAGAGACUGGGCCGCUACACGGCCGGGGUGAUGCACAAGGAAGUGGCCUUAUACCUGCAGAAGCUGAAGGAGCUGGAGGUGAAGCAGGAGGAGGUGGUCAAGGAGAACAUGGAGCUCAAGGAGCUCUGUGUGCUGCUGGACGAGGAGAAGGGCGCCGGCUGCGCGGGCAGCCGCUGCUCCAUCGACAGCCAGGCCAGCCUGUGCCAGCUGGCCGCCCCUACCGCACCCUCGGUGCGUGACGUGGGUGACGGCAGCAGCACCUCCAGCGCGGGCAGCACGGACAGCCCCGACCACCACAAGCACCACGCGAGCGGCGGCAGCCCGGAGCACCUGCAGAAACCCCGGGGUGAGGGCAGCCCCGAGCACUCCAAGCACAGAAGCGCCAGCCCUGAGCAUCUGCAGAAACCCAGGCCCCCCGGGACCCCGGAUCACUCCAAAGCACUCAAAGGACCUAGCCCUGAGCACCACAAACCCCUGUGCAAGGGCAGCCCGGAACAGCAAAGGCACCCGCACCCAGGGGGCAGCCCUGAAACGCUGCCCAAGCACGUGUUGAGUGGGAGCCCAGAACACUUCCAGAAACACAGGCCAGGGGGCAGCCCUGAACAUGCCAGGCACAGCGGAGGGAGCCCUGAGCAUCUUCAGAAACAUGCCCUGGGCGGGAGCCUGGAACACCUGCCCAGAGUCAGGGGCACCAGCCCCGAGCACCUCAAGCAGCAUUUUGGGGGAAGCCCUGACCACAAACACGGAGGAGGUGGCGGCGGCGGCAGCGGCGGCGGCGGCAGCAGGGAGGGCACCCUGAGACGGCAGGCGCAGGAGGACGCAUCGCCCCAUCACCGGAAUGUCUACAGCGGCAUGAACGAAUCAACCUUGUCCUAUGUUAGGCAGCUGGAGGCAAGAGUAAGACAGCUGGAGGAAGAGAAUCGCAUGCUGCCCCAGCUAUCAAGUCCCAAAAUGAAGAGCUCUUUAGUCAAGAACAGAUGGAGAAAGAUGGUGCAAAUUGAGUUGGUUCUGCCCAGUGGUGAAGAGGAGCCCACAGGAAGUGCAGGUGGAGUGUCAGCUGAGCUGCCAAGGCAGGUCAGCAUGUGGCAAGUACAGUGUGCUUUGCUCUGCUGAGGUGACUGCAAUGUCCCACAGGAAUCACUGGGCUGCACUUUGAAUCCAGUUUGUGAAUGCAACAUUUCCCAAGUAUACUAAGUAAGAACAGUUUUAUUAUUUUUAGGGACUGCAGUAUUAUUUGCUAGCUAUUAGUAUUUGAAAAGAAUGUGCUUUUUAAAAAUUGACACAAAUGGUACUUAAAUGUCACAUAAGUUAGAGUGUUCUUUGAGUGCUCAAAAAAACUAAUGUGAACAGUUUUUAGAAAACAUUUAAAAACAUUACAAAGGAUUGCGUAUACCCUCUCAUGAAAUCUACAAUGUUAAAACUGUUCAGAUUGGUCUAUCAGUUCUAGUAUGUGUGUGUUUAUUGUCUUCUGAACCCAAAAUGAAGACUGUUAUUUAAAUAAAUCCAGUUUCUAUGUAUGAAAUGUUAAUAACAUUUGAAUUGAAAAAUAGUGGCCAGCGCUGCGGCUCAAUAGGCUAAUCCUCCACAUGCAGCACCGGCACACCGGGUUCUGAACCAGUUGCCCCUCUUUCAGGCCAGCUCUCUGCUGAGGCCCGGGAGUGCAGUGGAGGAUGGCCCAAGUGCUUGGUCCCUGCACCCGCAUGGGAGACCAGGAGAAGCACUUGGCUCCUUGCUUUGGAUCAGUGCGAUGCGCUGGCCGCAGUGCGCCGGCCACGGCGGCCAUUGGAGGGUGAACCAACGGCAAAGGAAGACCUUUCUCUCUGUCUCUCUCUCUCACUGUCCACUCUGCCUGUCAAAAAAAAAAAAAAAUAGUGACCCACAAUAAUAUAAGUAGCAUGUAUAAGUGACUUUAUGGUAUAAAAUUAUGGUUUUUAUAUGCACCUAUGUUCUAUAUACACUUAUAAAACAAAUACAUUCUCUGGAUAAUGAGUUGUAGAUUUUGAGAGCAGGGUAGAACCUUACGUAUCACAUAAGGACAAUUUCCUUUUAAAUCAAGACAUAUCAGGUUAACAGAGGUUAGGUGUGUUGUCAUGAUCAGAUAACUAAUUAAGGAUGAACUCAAGCCAAGAUAUCAGCUGAUCUGGUAUUCUUUCUAGCAGUGUCUCCAGUAGUCACAGCAUCCAUUAAUGUAAUUCAGGAUAAUUAAGCCACUAAAUCUGUUUUCAUCUUACUGUCAAAUUCAGUUUCUUCAAUAUUUAUCCAGAAAAUUAACAUUAGAUCUGUUUAGCCAUUUAAGAUUUGUUAGACAUUUAUUCUAUUACUGUUUCAAAGGGAUUAACAUUCUAUUUUUCUUAAAGCAAUAGUAUCUCUUAUAAAUAAAAACUGUAUAUUUUAUAGGGUGUCUUCUCCCCAACAUAUUUCCAAAAGAAUUUGAAUCUUAAAGUUUUUUAAAGGUAGAGUUGAGAGAGAGAGAGAGAGAGAGAUCUUCCAUCUGCUAGUUCACUCUCCAAAUGGCCACCAAGGCAGGAGACAGGAGCUUCUUGCUGGUCUCCCUCAUGGGUGCAAGGGUCCUAGUACUUGGGCCAUCCUCCUCUGCUUUGCCUGGCACAUUAACAGGGAGCUGUAUUAGAUGUGGAGCAGCUAGGGCUGGAGCCGGCUUCUGUAUGGGAUGCCGGCACUGCAGACAGCUUAACCCACUACGCCACAACACUGACCUUUAAAGUUUAUACAUAACACAAAAUACUCAUAUCUGCAUAGAAAAUUCAUGCUUAAUAGAAUUUGAUUAGAGAGGCUUUUCUGUUCAGAGUAAAAUGGAGGUGGGUGGUUGAAGGGAACAAAGUGGUGAUUUUAAAGUUGAGAUGUGAUUUUAAAGCCACGUUCAAAAUCUUAUUUAAAUUUCUCUACUCAUUUCGUUGUCCUUUUUUCAUGGUCAAAAGCACUUUGUAAUCUACAGCCAGUAUGUUUCUGUGCUGCAUUGCAGUUAAGAAUUCUAUUCAACUAGGAAGUAUUUUGUUUCCAUUUAUUUUCUUUAUUUGAAAGGCAGAGUUAUUAGGGGGAAGGAGGGCGGGGAAGAGAGCUUCCAUCCAUUGGUUCACUCCCUAAAUGGCCACAACCGCCAGGGUUGGGCCAGGCAGAAGCCCAGAGCUUCAUCUGAGACUCUGGCUUUGGUGCAGGGACCCAAGGACUUGGGCUAUCCUCUGCUGCUUUCUCAGACACAUCAGCAGAUAGCUGGAACAGAAGUAGAGCAACUGAGACUUGAACUGGCGCCUAUAUGGGAUGCCAGCAUUGCAGGCAGCGGCUUAACCCGCUACACCACUAUGCUGGCCCCUAGAAAAUAUUUUUAAGUGGAAGGUACAGGAUAUCUACCUGAUGACUUUAUUGCAAAUAACUAAUACUGCCCUUUGAAGAUAUUUAUUAUUAUUCAGAUCUAGCCCUGGGGUAAGAUGAUUAUUACUUCUUUUAACUAUUCUCAUCUAUCCCAUAAUGGCUUUGGGUUUUGCAUCUUGAAGAGGGCUAGCACAGUUUGCUGCAGCUCCAAAGUCAAUUCAGUGCAUUUUUUAAAAGUCCUAUUGAGAAAACUGUUCCCUUUGAUCAAAUGCUCUGGCACCAACAUGUGCUUGGCCAAGCACUGUAGCUGCUUCGUGCUUCAGAGACCCUCCCCAAAACAAACCACCUACCUCUUGAGACUGGCAUUUGAGAGCCAGUUUUCCGAAGCCAUGAUGGCACCUGGAACUUUGCUGUCUUACUCCUGCCCGUGUGCUCUGCUUCUGCUGUUUGAAAGGCCAUGUGCUGUGUGAAAGGCAGGACCCUGGGAUUACCACUGAGUGGGCCCCUUUCAGCAAAUGUUUCUAUUUCUGUUGUGCUAGCACACACAAAAGAGGCUAAUUUUAGGAAUGGAAAUGAAAAAUCUUGCUUGCCUGUAAUUUGGUCACAAUGUGAACUCACAAUGUAGUCGUUCAGUGCCUUGGGAAGGAGGCAGGGCUGUUUGCAGAGCCGUUUGGGAACAAAGGAAAAGAGCCUGUCACCCUUGCCAGAAGGGCUAAGAAGGAUACACAGGAGCUAGGGAAAUCAAGCUUCUCACUUCCAUGGCAACACAGCCUGGAUCCCGCAUCACGGCUCCGAGGUGCUCCCUCACCUCGCCUGGGUUCUCAUGCAGAAAUUGCCAUCAGGCUGGGCAUAGAUGGGAGUGGGUGGAACUUCUGCAGUGUGUAGAUUCCCUUAGGAGCUUUUUCUUUGCCUUUUUUUUUUUUUUUUUUUGCCAUAAAAAUAGUUAGGCAUUGUUUUUGUUCUUUCUGCUUUUCAUAUUCUUUGACAUUAUGUUUUUGCCAAUUCGUUUUAUCUUACAAGGCCACAAAUACAUGGCUUUUUAGCAUUGGAAUUGCUGGGGGAAAGAAAAUCAGGAACAGUUACACAAAAAAACACUCAGAGUAUUCUUUCCAGGAUGCCUAAACCAGCACGUGUAUUCUUCUACUGUUACUUGCAUAGAAAUUACCAUUCAGGCACUCAUAAGGAGUUACUUGCUAAGAAUUAUUUUAUACCCAUGAAUAGCAAUACUAAUACUAAUUGCAUAACCUGUGUAGAAGCAGAAUGCUACUAUUAAUAGAAAAAAAUAGUUAAAUUCAUUAAAGGUUGGUUGCUGCUGGAGUCAUAUUUUUGGGGGGAAAAAUGCACUCCACUAGAUGAACGGUGCUGUGGAUGAGUGUUUUCUUCAAGUUGACAUUAUCUGAUUAAAGAAAAUAAAAAGGUUCUUAUGUGUAGUUCAGCACAGCCUUCAGGGGCUAGAGGGGAGAUCCAUGGGAGGUGUGCCUAUGAUGCAAUAGAAGAGAUAAGUAGAUAUGGAAAAGUUAUCCCAGGAAACGCAAAUAAAUGAGACUAGGUUAAGGGAAAAGCUAACAUUUAUAGCAGAGAAAAUAUCAAAGACAGAAAAAUUCAUAGACAAAAUGUCUAAGGAAAGAUGGAGACUGAAAGGGAAGGAAUUUAUAACAUUUUUUCUGAGAUUUCAUGCUUGAGAGUUCUUGUAUGAGAAUCUGAAAUGUGAUGAACUUUUUUUUUUUAAAGAUUUAUUUAUUUGAAAGAGACAAAGAGGGAUACACACACACACAUACACACACACAGAGUGAGAGCAGAGAGAGAUUUCUACCUGCUGAUUCACUGCUCAAAUAGGUGCAAGAACCUGAGCACUUGAGCUGUUCUCCACUGCCUUUCCCAGGUGCAUUAGCAGGGAUAUGGAUGGGAAGUGGAGCUGCAGGGGCUCAAACUGGCACCGGUACGGGAUGCUGGUGCUGAAGGCAGCAACUUAAUGCACGGUAUCACAGUGCUAGCCCCUAGAACUCUUUAUUCUAAUGAGAGAAUGUAGUUGAAACGGGAAUGCAAAUGGAAAAUACAUGCCAGUUCCUAACUUUAUUAAUAAUAUAAUUGCUGAAUUUAAAAGUAGUGAAUUGUUUAUGGGACUUUUUUAAUCAAUAAUUAAUAUUUAAUAAUGUUGCAUUUUUAGCCACACUUGGUACAUAAAUAAUUCUAACACUAUAUUUUAAAAUAUAGGAUUUUAUUACUUGCCCUUGACAGAAUGCAUCACAGAACCAUAUCAGUAUCUGGUUUUGCUGUUUAGAAGUAUCAAAGAGAAUCAUAGAUAUUUGAAUGAGAAUUAAUGUCAAGCAUUAUUUGGGAAAAUUUUGAAGCGGAACUAUAACAGAAACUAUUAUCUUGUAGAAUGGCUUUCUAGCCAGAUUUCACUUUUUGAAAAAUCCAAGAUAAAACCAAAAACUAAAAGUUAAAGAUCUGUCUUCCUUUUCUAAAAGAGGAUAAGGUAACAUUUUCACAGAAAGUGGAAAACAUAGUGUAAAUUUGAUUUUAGAAUUUAUUACAAAAUAAAUAUAUAUAUAAGAAUCAAUUAAAUGUAAUAUCAUUGAAAUAUGGAUAUUCAAAAGGCUGUAAGUCCUGACAGCUUGGCUUCAUUGAAGCAUCGAGGGUCUGUGAGUCCCUUUCGAUCCCAGUCUUUGAGCUCUAUUUCCUGCUGAAGAGCAGUACCUCUUGGCCUGAUGGAAAAGAAGUAUCUAAACCAAGCUGUAUUCCUCUGGUUGUUCAGGGUUUUUACAAAGGACUACAGGAUUUUUUUUUAAUCUAAAAGUAUUAUAUGUCCAGUUUCUUUGCUGUAGCUUGAGUAAAGUGAAUGUUUCUCAACAUAACAUAUUAAAAUGAAAUUUGGAACCUCUUAAUUGUCUACAUAUUUCAAAUUUAAAAUAGAUCAAUUAAAUGCAAUACCUAUAUUGCCUUACUAUAAAUGUAAUAUAGGAAACUAGCCAUGUUCUUUGACAAAAUAAGACAGUUUAAGUGAAUAAAUUUCUAUGUGAUUUGAGACUUCCUGAAAUUAUAUUUCAAAAGCUGUCAUUGUAUGAAAAAUAAGCAAAACAUAACAGAGCCAUGGUUGGGAAACUCAGAAAUAAUCAGCAAUGACUUUGAUUAAAAGAGUUACUAUGAUUUGCUAGAAGGAACACUGAAUAGGGAUUUCCAGAACUGGUUCUUGGCCUGCUCUUUCCUUACAUAGCUGUAAGCCAGGAGCCCACUGUUAGCUCUCUGUGAUGUGGAAUGCUCUACUCAGCUCUGCAAAUCUAUGACUUUGCUUUCCUAGAGAACAUUUAAUGUUCAUGUACAAUGCUGGAUAUACAAAUAGUACAAAUAGAUGUGCACUUUUAAAUUUGAUACUAAAAUUCCUUAAAAUUAAGACUUUAUAUCAUUUGAGGCCUUCUAUUUACAAGUAUCUAUUCAUGUCUAUUGUGGGUUAUUCUACACUCUGGGUUCAAAUGUUAAUAAUAUUUCAUCAGAUAGCUAUUAAGUCUAUGAAGUAGUAUACAGUCAUGGUUAUAUAGGUUUGCAGCUCCUAUCAUUUCAAAUACACAAAUAGUGUGCUCAUAUACUAGUGCAAACACUGGUAGAUAAUGUGUAUUAUGAGAUAUGCAGUCCCUUUAAUGCUUUUAAAAGUUACUCAUAUAAAAUCAUGUACAGUGAACACAAAGGUAAUAGUUGUCCCUAACAGUAUACACACUUGUAAUGAAAUGCUUCUGAGUUUUCUCUCUUGGCUGAUGCAAAGUCCAAGUUUGGUUUGCAAGUACUGUUCCUCCUAUCCACAUCUGUGAGCCAAAAUGCUAACAACAGCUUGAGCCUAUGACAUAUGCCAUGCAAAAUUACUAUGCCCUAGAAAGAAUGGCUCUCCAUUCCAAAAUAGAUAGAGAAAGGGGUCCAUGCUGAGCUGGUUCUGCCCAUUGGUGAAGAGGAGCCCCUGGGGUGUGCAGGUUGGCUGUCAGUAGAGCCACCAUGGCAGGUCAGCGCCCAGUGACUGCAGUGCUAAUAUCUCUGCAGUGAGGCAGUAUCCUACCAGGAUCACUGAGCUGCACUUUCAAUUCAGUCUGUGAGUGCAACAUUUCAAAAUAUGAAUAGUCAUUAUUUUUAGAAAAUGCAGUGCCGUUGAUGGGUAUUUGAGAAGAAAAUGCCAUUUUAAAAGUAGUUAAGAAUGAUAGCUAAAGAUCACCUGCACUUAAGAAUAUUCUUUCCUGAAGACAUAAGCAAAGUGAACAUUUUAAAGACAUCACAUUUAAAAACAUUUCAAAGGGUUGUAUACAACAAAAGGAAGCAUGACAUUUCAUAGAGGGAAUUUUUGAAAUUCGGAUGAGAGAGAUUGCCAAUAUAGGAAAUGUAAGAGAAUUAACUUUUAUCUUCCUCUAAUUUAUAUUCAAGCAAUGUGUAUUCUUUAUUUCAGAAUGUAGCACAUUUUUCUGCAAUUCAAUUCUGAGAUGAGCCAAAAUAAUUUACUACAAAAAAAGGGAUGACAAAGACAUGAGAUAGCACACAUUAGUUUUUUUUGGUAGUGUAGCUAGACUGAGGAGAAUAACAAAAGAGAAACUGCAUAUAAAUCAAAGUCAGCUGCACUUGUACACAUUAAGAACAAUGUACAGAGGAAAAAAUGUUUUUUCAAGCAGGAUCUGACUUAUUGGAUUCAUUGUGUAGACUAAAGCAUCUGAAAUAAUAGCCAACAAGAAGUGGACAGAGCCUUUCUUAGAGUUUCUUGUCGAUAUGGAGAAGGAAAGAAUUGUCAGAGUUCACUGUGAGACAAUUACCAGCUGUCAUAGGUUACCACAGCUCUUACACAUUGUCUUUUAGGUCGAGUGCCAUUGAGCACUGAUGCUAACUGAAGCAUGCAUAGAAAAGUAAUAUGAAGAAGGGCAGCAUCUAAAAUAAAUAAGACUUUGGUCAAUUGUUUACUACUUAAGGGCCUUCAGUGGCUUGGCAAAUAAUGCUUACUAAGAAAAUAUAUGAGUUUAUUCUAUAAUUUAUUAUAGAAAUUCUACAACGUAUUUUUAUAUCAAUAAGCAAUGGAAUAUUUUGAAACACAGCUUACAAUGGCAAAUUUGGCAUUACUGAACAGUAGUGUUUCCUCAGGCUGUUCCAGCCCAAAUUGGAGUCAUAGAGAUGGGGCCAUGUGUUAUCCAUUGGCUCCAUCUACUUGAGUACUAUUCCUUCCUCAAGGACACAGAUUUCCAUCUACUCACGGAAGUUCAGUUCUAUGGGUUUCCAAGCUUCCCCCAUAUGAACCUGCCUUUGGGUGUUGACUGGCUGCCCCAGUUAUGCCUUGGCCAUUCCUUAUGAUGCCUAUGAUCAGAGCUUCCACAUGCUCUGAUAUUCUCUAGGCUGAGACAGUUACCACACCCUUACUUGGAUUCUACCUUGUCCCAGCCCCUUUAUUCAAGGAUUUUAGUUGUAAGCCCAGGUAUGGAGGUGGGAAGGAAUAAUUACCAUUAAGAGAUAGUCUAUUCAAAAUUGUUCCUCCCUUUUGAAAACAUGUCAUGUCCUCCAUUCACAUGUAUCUACGAGAUCAUGAUCUAUUUCUUUUUUUUUAAAAAAUGGAUUUAUAUGAAAGGAAGAGCGAGUGAGUGUGUAUGAGAGAGAGAAAGAGAGAGAGAGAAAGAAUACCUCAUCUGCUGGUUCACUCCCGAUAUGGGUGCAGUGGCCAAGUCUGGAUACUUUUGGGAGAGUUCUUGUUUUCAAACUUCACAGUACUUUAUGCAAAUUGACUCAUCUCAACUACUUGCAAUUUCAGGAGUGUUUAGUUGAAACACAAAAAUAUUGAAACCUUCUGUGAAAGUUUUUAUACUCUGGAGGUGUUUGUAACCUCUAUAAUGUAGGUUAGUGGUGUAGAAGAAGCUUUUGAACUAUUCUUACAAAGGAGAAAAACACAACAUAACAAAGAGACACCUAACUUCUUUAUGUAAGAUUCCUUGGAUUAAUUAUUUCUGCUAGUUUGUUUAUUUAGUUUUUUUUUUCUUAGCAGUUAUGUUAGGAAGAAGAGAAAUACAGAUUCCAAAAGAAAAAUAAAUCUGACUCAGAUGUAGAAUAGCAAAUAAAAGAAUACAGCACUGUCUAUUCAUGACCUGAAAUGCCUCACAUUUGCAACAGAAGAACAUUCAAGGCAGGAGUUCUGACGUUUGACAGAUAACAAAUAACUAAUAAACCCAGGCCAGAUGGGAGCCAUUCUGGACUUACAUAAAAGCUGGCUAUAAGAAAGGAAGCUUUUUAAUCACCAAGAUAUAUCAGCUGGUUUUGACACCUAAAGCAGGUGUGUCUUAAUGUCAAAGAGAGAUAAUUUUUUCUUUAAAUAUUUUCAUAUGCUAGGAAAUUUAAAACCUGUAACUAUUAAUUUCAUAAGAAAACCUAAACUGCACACUCAGAAGUAAAUCAUCACACAUUAAAUUUGAUCAUAAUUAAAUUGUGUGAAAAUGAUUGGUCUUUAUCCUUUUGGAUGCCUGACAAAUGUUGAGUGCCAGAAAUUAACAAACGUUGCAGUUAGAAUUUAGAUGCCAUUUUUCUGACAGAGUUUUAGACAAAGGGAUAGGCGCUUUAGCAACUUUGUGCUUUAAAAAUUUGUUAUUUUUGGAGAGACCAUCACAUUCACCUUCCAUUCCAGUUUCCACCCCACUUCUUUUUUGAUAUAUGAUUCCUGAAACAGCAAAACUUAUGUGCUUUGCCCACAAGUUCUACAAAUGGUUAAGAUAGAGACAGUAGCCCUUUGGAAACCCCUUGGGAGAGGUCAGUUUAAGACUGGACCAUUUAAUAGUCACUAUGAAGAAGAUAGCUCAUUUGUGGCCUCAUGGACAUGGGUUUUAUUUGGAGAAGAUGCUCUCAGGGAAACUAGUUAUCCUGAGCUUUUCACACUUGAGGAAGGGAUGUAGAUGGCCAAGGGCAAAUGUAAAGGCAACUGCUAUCCUCUUAGAGACCUGCUGACGAUGUUGAUAUUGAUGGAGUUCACUAAGCUCAGUCAUGACAGUGUGACAAGGCAGUUCUCAAUUUUUAUGAUUAUAGAUGAUGUCAUAGUAACUUUUUAAUCAUUAGGACUUUCAAUCAGUAGAGGGUAUUCAAUGUUGUUAUUAUGUUGGUUUUAAUAUAUUAUUGCCUCAUUAUACUUUUUUAUAUCAAUUUUAUAUAAAUCUUUUAAAAGGUAUUUAUCCGACUGGAUUUUCAGUGUGUGUUUUAGUACCACAAGUCUUUAAUGACUGUAAGUCAUUGAAUACUUUGCAAUUCCUUUAUUUUUCUGUGCCCUUUCUCCUAUUAAAUGUUGGGGUUGAAGCCUGAAAUGAAGUUUCUUUCUCUGAUCAGAACUUGGCUCACAGGAGUGUGGAUAUUUCCCGAGAAGCUGUAACCCUUGCAGCUGGGUCUGCUUUAGUACGGAGUACAUGGGAUGGAGACAGUUGGGUAACCAGUUCCACCCUGGUUGUUUCUGAGUCAAGCUGAUCUAUUAGAUCAGCUGGGAUCCUGGAUGUUUCCCCUGCAGUUGGUCCUUCUUGGUGUUGAUUCCUCUCCUGACCCUGACCCCCAUGACUGUCUUUAUUUUCUGGAUGUGGUAUCAUUUGUGUGAAAUUGGGAAUUGGUCAGGAUGGUGGUUCAGUUUCCAAGUCCAUCUGUUUUGAUAUUCACAAUGAGAUAUCAGUGCUGUAACACUGAUUUGUCUAGAAUGAGAAGCUAUUAUCUUUUAACAGUGUUAAGGACAUUUCUAGCCCCCAAAUGAUUCCUCAGGAAAUCAUUUUUGUUUGUCUGCGUGUCACUUCUGUUUCAAUGAUAACUUCCCUUUAAGCCUUUGCUUCCUUCUCCAGAAAUAUCCCACACUAUUCCAAUCUGCAGUCUUCAUUAGCUUUACUAGGAGCUGGUAAACCUGUUUAAGUCAAGGGCUUGAGAGUAAACAUUUUCAGACUUCUGGGCAUAUGGGACAUUGCAUGUACUCAUGUCAACCAUUGUAGCAUGAGAAAGCAGAGAACAGCCACAGAGAACAUCUAAAUGAAUGAGCCUGGCCUUGUUCAAGUAAAACUUAAUUUACAAAACAGGCAGUGGGCUGGAUUUAACACUGGCAAUAGUGUGAUUACCUCUGCUCAACACAACAAAUGUUUUCUAAUCAAUUACUCUGGGCUAUUACUUGUCUUUUAGGAAAAAAAGGACUUUAAUAUCAUUAAUUCAAUUUUCAUUUGCACUUAGAUUUUAUUGUACGCAAAUAGUCUUCCCUGUAAGUAUUUGCUUUAUAUUUUUUCAGUAAUUUAAGUUGCUUUGUCCAAUCACUCCUGAUUUGCCCUAAGUUACCAGAAAAGAGAUGUGAAUGUGCCGAAUCAUAGGAACAGCUGAAAAAGAGGCCAGGUAUUCUUUUCUUGAGAUGAAAAUUUUAGGCAGAUUGAGAUGCUUGCAUUUGACCUGAAAAGACAAUACUCCCUCAGACAGCAUUGUGGUACCAUUGGAAAGGAAAUUUGUACUUCUCUGAAAUGCAUCACUUGAAUGAGUGAAUGAUUAUAUUGCUUUUGUGUCCUGGCUAUUCUUGCAUGUCUUAGAUUGCUAGGAAAAUAACAUGGGACAGGCUUGUCUUUAAAAUAGAUAUUACAUGGGUGACAGCUUGGAAAGAACAUGAAUUUCUGUACAGUACUUCACAGGUGAAAUUCUAAAUCCACAUUUAUCAGUGUAUGAGGGAAGACAUUUCUGGAGUCAAUUUCUUGUUUUCCUUAAGUAAGGGCAUUUCAGGAAAGAAUGAGGAAGUGGGGGAUUACUGAUAGGAAUUAAGUGAUUCUGCGUUUUUCAGAUCCUUGAAGUUGAUAUUUUCUUUUUUUUCCCCAAAUUUUAUUUAAUAAAUAUAAAUUUCCAAAGUACAACUUUUGAAUUAUAGUGGCUUUUCCUCCCAUAACCUCCAUCCCACCUACAACCAUCCCAUCCCCCACUCCCUCUCCCAUCCCAUUCUUCAUCAUGCCUCAUUUUCAAUUAUAUUUACAUACAGAAAAUCAACUUAGUAUAUACUAAGAUUUCAACAGACUGCACCCACACAGACACACAAAGUAGAGAGUAUUGUUUGAGUAGUACUUUUACCAUUAAUUCUCAUAGUAGAACACAUUAAAAGCAGAGGUCCUACAUGGGGAGCAGGUGCACAAUGACUCCCAUUGUUGAUUUAACAAUUGAAACUCUUAUUUAUUAUAACUUUUAUAUAAUAAAUAUAAAUUUCCAAAAUACAACUUUUGGAUUAUAGUGGAUUUUUCCCCCAAUAACCUCCCUCCCACCGGCAACACAUCCCAUCUCCCACUCCUUCUCCCAUCCCAUUCACAUUGAGAUUCAUUUUCAAAUAUAUUUAUAUACAGAAGAUCAAUUUAGUAUAUACUAAGUAAAGAUUUCAACACUUUGCACCCACACAGAAACACAAAGUAUAAAGUACUGUUUGAGUACUAGUUAUGCUGUUAAUUCACAUAGUACAACACAUUAAGGACAGAGAUCCUACAUGGGGAGUAAGUGCACAGUGACUCCUGUUGUUGAUUUAAAAAUUGACCCUCUUAUUUAUGACGUCAGUAAUCACCCAAGGCUCUUGUCAUGAACUGCCAAGGCUAUGGAAGCCUCUUGAGUUCACCAACUCUGCUUUUAUUUAGACAAGGCCAUAGUCAAAGUGGAAGUUCUCUCCUCCCUUCAGAGAAAGGUACCUCCUUCCUUCUUUGAUGGCCCAUAUUUUCCACUGGGAUCUCACUCGCAGAGAUCUUUCAUUUAGGUCAUUUUUUUUUUUUUUUUUUGCCAGAGUGUCUUGGCUUUCCAUGCCUGCAAAACUCUCAUGGGCUUUUUAGCUGGAUCUGAAUACCUUAAGGGCUGAUUCUGAGGGCAGAGUGCUGUUUAGCACAUCUGCCAUUCUAUGAGUCUGCUGUGUAUCCUGCUUCCCAUGUUGGAUCGUUCUCUCCCUUUUUUAUUCUAUCAGUUAGUAUUAGCAGACUAGUCUUGUUUAUGUGAUCCUUUAGACUCUUAAUCCUAUAAUUAUGAUCAAUUAUGAACUGAAAUUGAUCACUUGGAGUAGUGAGAUGGCACUGGUACAUGCCACCUUGAUGGGAUUGGAAUCCCCUGGCACGUUUCUAACUCUACCAUUUGGGGCAAGUCCGAUUGAGCAUGUCCCAUAUUGUACAUCCCCUCCUCUUUUAUUCUCACUCAUAUUUAACAGGGAUCACUUUUCAGUUAAAUUUAAACACCUAAGAAUAGUUGUGUGUUCAUUACAGAGUUCAACCAAUGGUAUUAAGUAGAACAAAAAAAUACUAAAAGGAAAAAUAAAAUAUUAAGUGUUCAUCAAGAGUCAGGACAAGGGCUGAUCAAGUCAUUGUUUCUCAUGGUGUCCAUUUCACUUCAACAGGUUUCCUUUUAGGUGUGUAGUUAGUUGUCACCGAUCAGGGAGAGCAUAUAGUAUUUGUCCCUUUGGGACUGGCUUAUUUCACUCAGCAUGAUGUUUUCCAGAUUCCUUCAUUUUGUUGCAAAUGACCAGAUUUCAAUUUUUUUUACUGCUGUAUAGUAUUCUAUGGAGUACAUAUCCCAUAAUUUCUUUAUCCAGUCUACUGUUGAUGGGCAUUUAGGUUGAUUCCAGGUCUUAGCUAUUGUGAAUUGAGCUGCAAUAAGCAUUGAGGUGUGGACAGCUCUUUUAUUCACCAAUUAAAUUUCCUUUGGGUAAAUUCCAAGGAAUGGGAUGGCUGGGUCAUGUGGUAGGGCUAUAUCCAGGUUUCUGAGGAAUCUCCAAACUGACUUCCAUAGUGUUUUUACCAGUUUGCAUUCCCACCGACAGUGGGUUAGUAUCCCUUUUUCCCACAUCCUUGCCAGCAUCUGUUGUUGGUAGAUUUCUGUAUAUAACCAUUCUCACUGGGGUGAGGUGAAACCUCAUUGUGGUUUUGAUUUGCAUUUCCCUGAUGGCUAGUGAUUUUGAACAUUUUUUCAUGUGUCUGUUGGCCAUUUGAAUUUCCUCUUUUGAAAAAUGUCUAUUGAGGUCCUUGGCCCAUCUCUAGAGUGGGUUGUUUGUUUUGUUGUUUCGGAGUUUCUUGAUCUCUUUGUAGAUUCUGGUUAUUAAUUCUUUAUUGAUUGCAUAGUUUGCAAAUAUUUUUUCCCAUCUGUGGUUGCCUUGAAGUUGAUAUUUGCAUCUCUCAUGAUCUUUCUCACAUAUUUAGUGUUUAAUCAUUGUAAGGAUAGGAAAGGCCUGUGGUUGGCCAUGGAUGCAGCACAGUUUUCACUUGGGAUUGGCAAAGUGUUUUGAAAAAAGAAAUACAGCAAUAGCUAUUACCCAUCUCCAGUAUGCUUUCUGUAGAUCAGGACUUAAGGGAAAAUGCAAAGAAUCUUGACCUACUUGUCGUUGUCAUCAGUACCAACCAAUACUGAAAGAGCCGAGAGGAGGAGGAGUGCUUAAAAAGAUUAGCCAAUGUGAUGUUUCACAUUAUACCUCAUCAAUACAUGCAAUUAGUAUUUGGCAAUGAAAAAUAAAAUGUAAAAAAAAACCCAUUAGCCAAGUGGACUGAAAAUGCUUAGGUGGUAACUGAUGGCAACCCAGCAAUUAUCAAGCCUCUGCAUAGCACUUCAUGUUGUCAGAGUACUUGGCAGGCAGCUUUAUUAGUCACCCUUCACAACCACUGCAUGAGCCAAUUGAUAGGCCUCUCCAUUUCCGCACUGAGGACAAGUGACUUGCUAAGUGUCAAGUGGUGUGAGGCUGAUGGAGGUUGUUAGUCUCUGAGUCAUUGCUCUCUGAAGUAAGGAACAUGCUUCUAAUUUUUAGAAGACACCUCUAGGUGGCCUUGGAAAAAUUACUACUCUUUACCUGCAGCGUUCUCCCAGGUAAUACUAUUACAGACAUUCUUAUUUUUAAGUUUCUUUUUAUAAUUUGCCUUCCUCCAGCUUUACUCUGUAACUUUUUCCAGGACUUCUCAGUGGCUUUUUUCAGAAAAUUGUGGCUCUACAUUUUAAGGGUAGCACCUUCAGAAUUUUGGCCAUGUUCUCUCAGGUCACUCAACCAGAGAUUUCAGGAAAAAUAAAAUAUUUUUAACUGGGUACUCUUGUUUUAUGGCAAUAGCUGUGGCCAGAGUUUGUAUGGAGGGAAGAGAUGAAAUCUUCCUUAGCAGCUGUUGAUGCUUUUUUCCCCAGAAUCUCAUAUACACUACAUAGAAGCAAUAACUUUACAAAUUAGAUUGAGAAAUAUUGGCAGCGUUGGAUUGGUACAGGGAUAUUCAUUCAAUUGUCGGUGAUUUGUGGGUUUCCUCUGCUUUCCUUAGCACAACCAAACACUCUUAAGAGAGGGAGUAGGAUUUUUUGUAGGUCAUGGGAUGCUGAUGUGUUGGCUAUUCAUUCAGUCUUUUACCUCUUGAAUAAUUUUGACCCUCUCCUGUACAAAGACAGUUUUAGAUGAUGGCGUAUACAGUCAUGGCUAAGUGAGUUAACAUCUUGAGCCAGGCAUUGUGGCACAGUGGGUUAAGCCACUUCUUAUGAUGCCCACAUCUCAUAUUAAAGUGUCUGGGAUCCCGGCCUCCACUUCCAAUCCAACUUCUUUCUAAUGCACACCAUGGAAGGCAGCAGAUGCUAUCCCAAGGACCUAGAUUCUUCCCACAUGGGAGAUGCAGAUGUAGUUCCUGGCUCCUGACCUAGACCUGGCCCAGCCUUGGCUCUUACAGGCAUUUGGGGAAUGGAAGAUUCUCUCUCUCUCUCUCUCUCUCUCUCUCUCUCUCUCUCCGUGCAUGUCACUUUCUCUGUCUGCCACCCUAUCUUUAAUAAAGUAAUUUUACCUGUUAAUAGAUGGAUUAUCAUUUUCAAAACCUUAAAUAUGUAACAAACUACCUGGAAGAGCUUAUCACUAUGUAGAGAAUAAAAGCAGGGUGUAGAAUUAAUUGAAGAAUGAUUGGACUGAGAGAAUUUUAUGUGGAGUUAUAAAAGACCUCUCUGAGGAAGUGACAUCUGUAAAGAACUGAAUGAAAGACUGAAUGUGGCAGGUAAAUAAUAUUCCAGGAGGUGAGGACUGCAGAGACAAGUCCUAUGUAGAAACACGCUAGACAUGUUCGAGGAAACAGAAACAAAGAUGUCAGCAUGAUUGGAACAGAGUGAGAUGGUGAAUAACAGAAGAUAGGUUUGGAGAGAGAGAGGCGUGAAACAUACCCUCUGGUCUCUAUUGGCCAAACUCAAGUGAUUGGAUCUUGGAGGAAUUGGACAGAGGUGUCCAGUCUACUUAGAUAUCUCAGCUUCCAUGUUUGAAACUUUACUCACAAUGUUAUGUAGAAAUCACACUGAAGGUAGAGACAGGGAGAAGAGACACAGGGACACGCAUUAGAGAAUUAGUUUUACAGUCUAACAGAGCUGAUGGUAGCUCAAACUAUGUGGUAUAGAGGUGAUUAAGAGAAGGGGCUGGAUUCACAAUACAUUGUGAAAUAGAGCUAAGAGUGGCUUCCAAUAAAUUGAGUGCAGAAUAACAGGUCCUCACAGGAUAACUCCAGAAGGAACCAUUCCCAGAGACUAGGCAGUGAAUUUGGGGUGUCGUCACUGCAGGCAGAGGCUUAACCAUCUAUACCACAGUGCUAGACCCAAAAUAUAGAUAUUUUAACACUGUGACUGAAUGAGAAUUUGAGUGAAUGUUGAGAAAAAAAGAUGUUCGUAAACUGUAUCCUAAGUGGACCAUAAGAUUUAAAUAUAGGGAAGGAGAGAGGUGGCAAUGCAAAAUGGAAAGACAGACUAAUUUGUGUUUUUUUUAGUUUUCCAAAAUUAUUAAGGACUUGGGAACUUCUCUGUGAAUAUUAACCCCACAAAGUUAUUUUACAUUUUAACUUUCUGAUGGGUCCAAGGCUUUUUCUUUUGAAUAGUAUUCAUUUAAAUGAGCAUAUGUAGUCUGCAUCUGAAACUUUUGUUUUCCAUCAUAAAUUAUUUUAGGUGAGGAGGCAAGUUACAAAUACAUUUUAACAAUUUUCUUUCUUUCUACUAAGAGCUGUUUGUAAGGAAAAAAAAAAAAACAGCUGUACUUCUGUGAUGCUUCCUUUUGUGCUCUGGUGAUGUUCUCACUAAUGGCAGAUUUCAUUUUUCCCUGCUGGCGACUUUAUUACUACUAAGUAUGGAGAAGCUAUAUUGCCUCGCUUCAUUUUUGGCCACUCUAACUUUUGUAAAUUUUAAGCUCUCAGAUAGAACUCUGAACAGAUGGGCAUGGAUGGAACUGCUGUCUAAAAUGCAGGUGUACUUAUUUGUCUUACUGAUAUAUAUAUAUUCUAAAAGGUAUCUGUCAUUGUAUGAAACUGACCCUUUUUACCUCUCAGUUGGCAUCCCUUGUGUUGUUUUUUUUUUAAUGUCCUCUUUUUUUUUUUUCUUAGUUUUUAUUUGUUCAACAGUCAGAGAGACAGAGAUAGAAAGAGCACUCCCAUCCACUGGUUCCCUCCCCAGAAGGCCACACAGGCCAAUGCUAGGAGCCAGGAACUCCAUCUGGAUCUCACACAUGGUGGCAGGUGUCCAAGAACUUGGGCCAUCUUCCACUGCACGUUAGCAGGAGGCUCGACAGGAACUGUGGAGCUGCCAGGACUUGAACCAGCACUCAGUCCGAAAUGGGAUGCUAAGUGUCACAAGUGGCAACUUAAUCCACUGUGUCACAACACCUGUUCCAACUAGUAAUUCUUUGAAUAACUGUGUAGUUAUUGGGACUCAAGUUCUAUGUCCCACUGGGCUGGGAUCCUAUGCUGAGGUAUUUUAACAAACUCAUUAAUGGGCCAUCCUCUGCAAGGUAAAUGCAACGUUGAUUAACAGUAUUAUUUUACUGUUGCAUCUGCAGUGACAAUCAGUUCCAUGCCCUUACAUUCUCUGUCCUACUUAUGCCCCACUUUUCUCCUUUUUUUUUAUAAGUCCAAGACUUGAAAGUACUGGGAUAAUGUUUCUCUGAACAAAAGUGUCACGAGGUUUUAAUAUUUAGUGUCAAUCUGAUUGGAAAGCAUUUUAGAUACAUUCUUUUUUUUUUUCCCUAGAAAAUUCAGUAUUUUUCACUGAAGGCUGCAUGGUUAAUAAAAGGCAAAAAUUAAGUGCAUAACCUCAUCAUCUUGAAUUCAUGAAAAUCCAGUUGCCUAUUUCCUACCUGUUGUUGAACAGCUGUUUUUCACCAGGCCUUCAAUGUUGUACUUUGUGUGCUACUAUUCUGUCUACAAAGAUUCAGGGUGUUUGCUGUCUUAGUUCUUUCAAGACACUAAUUCUUUUACUCCUUUGAUUUGCCCUCUGUAAUUCGUGCAGAUAGGCAUCUGCUAGCCUUCUGUAAUCAAUUUGCUAUUUUUUCUGGAUACUUUAUCUGUACAUUUCACCUGGACUCGUGCAUAUUUCAAUAUUCUUAUUCCCUUUAAGAACUUUACUUGAUCAGAUAUUUUCAUCAGUGAUACAGUAAUCAUUGCAUGAUGUUAAAAUCAUUUUCCAUUUAAGUAUUUUGCAAACUCUUUUAUCUCACAUGUUAGAAGAAAACUAUUUGGAGGGCAUCUGUGAGAAAGAAUGCUUCAGGGUUUUGUUUUGUUAAUCAUGUCUUUGAUCUUGAUUUUAAAAAUCAGAGGAAGGAAUUAGAUACGUUACUUUCCUGGUAUUUCCUAUCCUGGUUAAUGGCACGACCAUUUAGCUGGUACCUUGCCAGAAGGCUGGGAGCCAUUCUUUAUUCCUUUUGCAACUUCACUGCCUUCAUUCAAACAAACACUGAGACUCACAAGAUUUCAUCCUUUAAUCCAUCAAUAUCAUCUUUUCCAUUCCUUCUGUGAUUUUGCUGUCUAGACCAUAGUUAUCGCUCAUCACUUGAGGUUAUUUAAUCUCCUUACUGGAACUUCAUCUCAGCUAGCCUUUCCUUUUAAAGCUCAGAUUGCUCUAAAAACACAAGGUAGUUUCUAAUACAGCCCAUGGGUCACAUGGAAUAAAUUUCCAUGGAAAGUUCUCCAUGACCUGCCUCUGCCUGUCACUUCAGCCUCAGCCUCUGCUGCUCCGUGCCUUGCAUUAUAGGCUCCCAUCCUAUACUCUGGUUUCUCUUCAGAUCAUAUAAAUCUUUCGCCUUUUACUUAUAGGCUCCCAUCCUGUUUAAUUGCGUCUAAGAUUUCAAGCUCUGUGAACUGAAGUAGGAGAGAGACAUGCUGGUUCACACCGGUGUGGGACAAGUAAAACAAAGUCACUUAAAGUCAUUCGUGAAAAGCCCACUUUAGAAUACUGUAUGGUGAUACUCAAUGAAAUGCAAUAUGGGUCCAGUGAUGUUAUCAACAGAGGAGCCUCUAUCAUGUUGCAACUUUCUUUUUUGGAUUCCAUUGAUACUUUUCUGGAUCCUAUGUUUUUCUUGUCCCAGAUCGUGGUAAUUGUGCCCCAUAUCUUGAUUCCAUAUCUUGGUAAUGGUGAAUACUGUUGCAAUGGGCAUGAAUGAAAGUGCAGAUGUCUCUUCACCAUACUGAUUGAAUUUCUUUCAGAUUUAUGCCUAGCAGUGGAAUUUCUGGAUCAGAUAUAUGGUUCUACUGUUUAAUUUUUUGAAAAACCUCCAUACUGUUUUCCAUAAUGGCUGUAUGAAUUCACAUUCCCACCAAUUAAGUGUAAGGUUUCCUUUUUCUUCACAUAUUUGUCAACACUAAAUUUUGCCCUUUUGAUAUUAGACAUUCUAAAAGAUGUGAGAUCUCAUGAUGGUUUUGAUUCACAUUUAUGAUGACUGGCAAGGUUGGGCUUUUUUUUUUUUCAUAUACCCAUAAACAAUUUGGAUUUUUUUAAUAAAAAAAAGUACAUAUUCCUUGCCUAGUUAAAAAUGUGGUUGUUUUCUUGCUAUUGAGUUGAUUUCCUUAUAUACAUGUAUGGAAUACUCACUAUUAAUGAUUUAAUAAGUAUCAACAUGUAGUAGGAGUUCAUAUUAGCCAGUUACCAGUAAUCUCUUAGUUGACAGCACUUAGGGUAGUCCUAAAAGGUAAUAGGAGUUUAGUGACUAAGAGCUGUUAUGACCAGACAUACCUCUAGGAGGAGUCUUCUCCCUACUGAAGAAGCAAAUAUGUAGGUAGACUGCCACCCUUAGCCAUAUAUGAAGAAAAGAAUGAUCACUAUUCUGGUCCAGCUUUCUUUCUGAUUUCUCUGCAUGUUGCGUAAUGCUGUCAUUGGCACUAGGGUGUUGUUUCAUCUGUCGGGACCUUCCAAUUUAUUUGCUGGAAAUUUUUAUUUUUCUUAUUGUGACUAAUGAAGUUAAGUGAAGAAUCUUUUCCUUGUGUUGUUAAUGAAUCUUUGUUUUGCAUAAUUUCCACAAAGUGCCCUGUCAGUUUUCUUUUGAAUUCUAAAGGUGUUACAGUGUGUUCUCUCUCUCUCUCUUAAACUCCUCUGUUCUUUGGACCACUGCCCUGUCCCUGACCAUUUUGUAUUCUUUCUGCUGGUGUUGUUGUUACAAAAGAAUGUUUUAAGUACUUCUUGUGGGGAGCAACCCGGACUGGACUGAGUUACUGGAAUUAAGACUUAUUCUAUGCAUCUGCUCUCCCACAAUAUGGGGCUGGGAGAGGAGGAAACAGCUUCUACUCAGCUGCCUCCAGUUCAACCAAUAAACAGCAGGACCUGCUCCUGAUUGGAGGAGAGCAGCGUACUCAGCGUGUGGGUAGCAGAGUUGGGAUUGGUGGAAGAGGACUAUAAAGGAGGAGAGAGACAACAUGCACGAGGAACAUCUAUCUGAAGGAACACCUGUGCAGCCCCCGAGAGAGCCGGCCGGCGGUGUGCCGCUCCCCCGCGGAAGUGGGGAAAGUGGCUAGGGGGAACCGCCCUUCCACGGAGGUGGAAGGGACGGUAGCCAACCCGGGAAGAACCAGCAGCAAACCCGGGGAGGGCCGAGCAGACGAAAGAGCAGCGCAGGGUCCUGUGUCGUUCCUCCACGAAGAGGGGGAGCGACAUAAUGGUGCCGUGACUCAGAUAUGAAGCCUAGGCAGGGUCCUGUGUCCUUCCUCCACGAAGAGGGGGAGCGACACUUCUAAUCCUUUUGUUAAAAAGAGGAGUUUCCUAUUUUGGGGUGCAUGCAUUCCAUAUCUUGCCUUUACCCUUAGAACACAUAGGGACUGAAGUUCAGGAAAUUUCCAUUUAAAUCAUCUGCUAUGGGGCUGUUACGAGAGUUUGCUUUGCAAUUUUCCAACAUAGUUCUUUUUCUGUAAAUCAAGGUUUCUCAACUUUUAAAUCAAGGACUCUGUAGGCUGGAUAAUUCUUUGUUGUGUGAGGGAACUGUCUUGUAUGUUAUGCAAUGUUUAGCAGUAUCCUUGGCCUGUACCCACAAAAUACCACCAGAUACAACCAGCUUUGACAACUAAAAAUAUCUGUAGACUUAUUUUCCAAUUGUCCCUCCUGCAGGGCCAGAUCUCUGGUUGAAGACUACUGCUCUAAAAAACAUGGGGAAGUAAACUGACAAGUUAUAAAAUGUGUUGACAAGCAAAACAAAAACAUUCAUGAUAGUGACAGUAAAUACUUACAGAGCUCUUUUGCAACCCAGGCACUGUUUUUAGAACUUUUCUUACUAAACCCAUAGAGUGAUUUACCGUUGUAUCAUUUUUUAAUUCACAUUUUAUAGGAAGAAAACUGAGGCACAGAGUGGUACUAUGGCUUGCCCGAAGUCCCAAUUUAUGUCAGAUAAAGAAUCUAAACCCAGGCUGUGUGACUCUAACAUACGUGAUUUGAACUCACCAUGUGUCUCCAACAAAAUUUGUUAAAAUAGGUAACUAUGUGGCAUUGCUUCUGAUAGAUGCUUAGUAAAUUUUCAAGUGAAUAAAUAUAUUAAUAUCUGUAAGUACAGAAAAUUAUUUAAUAUUUAAGCAGUAUUGAAAAUAUUCUUUAUUAAUUUAAAUGAGAAAUGCACUUUUCUAUUAAUAUAGCUAACUAAAUAAUUUAUCAUUAUAGCAAAUCAGAAAUCUCCAGCACUUCUAAGUCUAUGCACAGGAAUCACUUGGAAGGGAUUUGCAAGGUGACCUUUCAAGUCUUUUCUAAUCUGAGCUUCUAUUUAUGUGCUAGUGCAUUUCUCCAAUGUGUCAGAAUGAGGAUUGGCCAAACUGAACAAAAUAUUAUUUUCCUAAUGAGAUUAAGCAAAGCAUCUGUUCAUGCCCUCUAAUAAGCAAAGACUGAAUCCAUCUCCUCUCCUUCCUAAAGUAGCCAUGCAUUCUAAUGAAGUAAGAGGUGCACUGUAUGAUAGUUUGACCAAGCUUCAGGACUUAGAACAAAAUUAAACAUCUUGAACUAAUAGGAAACCACCUAAGCUGAUCAAUUUUUAAGAUUCCAUGCUUCCCAUAAUAGAUAAAAGGGUUGGGCUCUAAAAUUAGUUACACAUUCAUUACAUCUGAUUUAAAUCCAAGUGGGAAACCUACAUUUUAUAUGUCUCUAUAAUAUUAUUUUAUGAAUGUGACUUUAGUCAACUGAAAAUAAACACUCAUUUAUCUCUGUAUAUUCAGUAUACCCAUCUUCCAUUAUUCCUGAGUAGAAAACAAAACAGAAAGCAUUUUUAUUUCAAACUUUAAUUUACUUUGGCUCUAAUACUAAAAGAAACAUUGUAAAGAAUUUUUCUAGCAGGUUUAUAGUUGAAUUUUUUCCAUUACAGAGACCACAAUCAAAUUGAGUGAUCAUACUUUUGUGAUUUGUGUUUUUACAACAUGCAAUAAUGGAUAUAUGUUAGUGUUUUUCGUUAUUCCUAUUAAUGAACAAUCAUACUUUUUGGAUACACUGAUUUAAGUAUGACUGAUUAAAAAAGGUGUUAUGUGUAUUUUUUUUUUUUUUUGCAAAAUUGGUUUUGUUUCCUUCAUUUGUAUAUAGAACCCACUGAGAGAGGCAAGAGAAACUGUUCUCUUAUGGAACCUGGUAUGUAUUUAAGUAAAUAGAUAAGAGCUGUUUACUAUUGGAAUAGUCAUAGUUUGAGGGCAGAAUGUUGGCAAUGUAGUGGUUGUUUUAAACUCCCAGGUUGAAUUAAAUUUAAGCACACAGGUGAAGAGAGAACCAUCCUGCCUCUAACUCCUACAAGUGCUGACACUACAGGCUCUGGCUCAUGCCAUGCUCAUACAAAUGCCUGUGUGAGAAUUAAUCUGCCCAUUUCUUCUUCCUUUGAAAGUCAGCAAAGUCAAGUCCCCAGAUCAGACUGACUCAUAAUCUCUUAGCUUAAGCAGAGGUCACUUUUUUUAUUUUCCAAUUCCUUAUUACCCACAGUUUCCAAUAAAUAUACUUGAUAAUUUUUUCUUCUAUCAAUUUUCCACAAGAAACACUUCUUCAAAAAUUUUAUUUUUAAAGAUUUAUUUAUUUAUUUGAAAGUCAGUGUUACAGAGAGAGAGAGGGAGAGACAGAUCUUCCAUUUGCUGAUUGACUUCCCAAAUGCUACAGUGGCCAGGGCUGGGCCAGGCAGAAGCCAGGAGCUUCAUGUGGGUCUCCAAUGUGGGUGCAGGGGCCCAAAUACUUGUGCCAUCUUCUGCUGCUUUCCCCGGCACCCCAGCAAGGAGCUGGAUUGGAAAUGGAAAAGCCCGCCCAUAUGGGAUGCUGGCAUUGCAGGCAGUGGCUAUGUCACUAUGCCACAGUGACAUCCCCCACAAAUGUUAUUGUAUAUUUGCCCAUUUGCUGCCUCUCACAUAAACAAACUAUGACAUCCUCUCUCAUCUGCUGGCUGACUUUCCAAAUGCCCACAAUAGCUGGGGCUGAAACAAGGAAAUUGUGAAUCAACCCAGGUCUAAAUCUAGUGUGGUACGAACCCAAUUACUGGAGCAGGUUUUCUCUACCUUUUUGCGUCUGCAUUAGCGGGAAGCUGGAAUCAAGAGCCGGAGCUGGGAAUUGAACUUAGGUAUUCCCAUGUGGGACAUGGGCAUCUUAACCAGUGGGCUGAAUGCCUGCCCCCUCUGAAGGAACUGCUGUGUAUGGCAUCAGAGGUUGACUGUGAUGGCCUGAGCACAGCCUGGAUUGUGUGUUUUCCCUUCCUUUUGGGACUUUGCUUUCAUUUUCCUUUCUUCCUCACAGAUUUCACAAGUACUUUAUUUUACAUAACUAUGCAGUAUCCUUCUUAGAAAGGUUUUCAGAAUUUUGGAAGAAUAAAAAUUGUGGAGUAGCAUACAAUUGCAAUGUAACUUUUUAACUAGGCUCAUGGUUAUUUUUUCUUCUUCUUAAGAUUUAUUUUAUAUAUUUGAAAGGCAGAAAGGGAGAGGCAGAGAUCUUCCAUCCACUGGUUCACUCCCCAGAUGGCUGCAAUGGUCUGGGCUGGGCCAGGCUGAAGCCAGGAGCUUCUUCCAGGUCUCCCACAUGAGUGCAGGGGCCCAAGCACUUGGGCCAUCUUCCACUGCUUUCCCAGGUGUAUUAGCAGGGAGCUGGAUCAGAAGUGGAGCUAGCCAGGAUUCCAGUAUCCCAGGUGGUGACUUUAUCUGCUGUGCCACAAAGCUGGCCCCGGUUUUUAAUUCUUGACUUUUACUUGUCUACCUACCAGUAUGUAUAUUUCUUUUGUUAUUGAUGCACACUGCAUAAUUACAUAUAGGAAUUAUAUAAUGUAAAUUUUGGACAAUUUGAUAAAUUUCAAAAACAAUCCCAAUUUAAUGACAAGUAGAUGACUGAAUGUCUCAUGGAACCCAGUUCUAUGUGGCUAUUUCUUUCUUCUUCAUAAAGCUAUGUAAUUGUUUAACUUGGGUAGUUAGGUUAGCUAAUUGUAUUAGUCAGCUUUUCAGUACUCCAGUACUUAGGAAGUUAAAAUACUUAGGAAGCCAUAAAGUUCAUUUCGGCUUACAGUUUUGGAGUUUCAUAGUUAAAAAUCAGGCAGUCUCAUAGUCUGGCAUCUGAAGAGGGCAAAACACAGGAGGAGCAAGGAUCAUAUGACAAGCCUGGAACCUGGGAGCUGUUCUUCAGAUACCAUCCUUGUUGCCUCUUCUCAUAAAGCCAGCAUGAAUCGAUUAGGGUUUCACUGUCCAUGUUGGAAAGAUUUCAUAAUCAAAUAAGAACCCAUAAUUGAACCAAGCAUCUACCCUUAAUAUCAACCAUUACUCUGUUAACCAUUAAUGUAAGACUUUAGGGUUUAAACAUCUGUGAGUGUGGGGAACAAAAUCCUGUUCAAAUCAUAACACUAAUGAAGCAACAGCUCUGAGAGGUGGAAAAUAUAAACUUUAAGUUCCCUCUGAAUUUUGCUCUUCUUUGAAGACUGUUCUUUUAUUGGCCAUUCUUGCUUAUAUGAUGAAUAAAGCUCAGAGUAAAAAGGGGCUGGACUGGGCACUGGCACUGUGGCUUAGCGGGUAAAGCCACCGCCUGCAGCACCAGCUCGCCAUAUGGACACUGGUUCAAGUCCCAGCUGCUCCACUUCCAAUCCAGCUCCCUGCUUAUAGCCUAGGAAAGCAGCGGAAGAUGGCCCAAGUGCUUAGACCCCUGCAACCUAAUGGGAGACCCAGAAGAAGCUCUUGGCUUCAGAUCGGCUCAGUUUCAGCCUUUGUGGCCAUUAUUCGGGGAGUGAACCAGCAGGUGGAUGAUUUCUGUCUCUCCCUGCCUCUGCCUCUCCUCUGUAACUCUGACUUGCAAAUGAAUAAGUAAAUCUUAAAAAAAAAAAAAAAAA